AUGUUAAUAGAAGUCGCCACCUGCGUGAACGCUUACCCACUAAAACGCGUGCACUGGUCUGCCUGCCUGCGUCUGGCCAAUCAAUGUCCCCGCAGACUCUCAAAGCACCUCCGUGCGAUGACUGCCUUCGCUCUCACCACUCCGGAUGCCGCCAAGCUAGAGGACGGACUGCGAUCGCCCGAGUGUCAGCUUCCUCGCCUUACUAUUCUCCAUUCCUUCUGUACAGAAUACACUCUUCCUUCAUCUUGGCGUUUCAUCUCUUCCAAUACACUCAAAAAGCCGGACUUAAGGAUCGUGCUGGUUAGUUUUUAA